AUGGCGCGAAACGUCCAGACGACCCUAAACUUCAUCCCAGCAGACCUCCCCGUGUGUUGCAUGACGGGUACCUCCGACUUCUACACUUACGCCAGCGACGUCCGACCCGUCACGAUCCACGAUGCUCGCGGACAUGAGGAUCAAUUGACCCUGGAGAGAAAUGGAUUCGAGUACAUCACCUACCCGAGUGCACAUAUCCCAAUCACGGAUCCGGCGCGGAUAAAAUCAGUUUUGUAUGCAGAGGUAGGGGAGCUUUUAAGGACCGCCCUCUCUCCCCCGCCAACGUUCGUAAAAGUAGCCUCGCACACAAUCCGCUCCGCCGCCUCAGACUUGAACAGUGAGUACACGGGGACACCGGGCCCUGCGCGUACCGCACAUCUAGAUCAGACACCCUCGGGCGCCAGGAACUACCUCUAUGAGAAACUUCCCGAGCACGACGCGGAAAGACUCUCACGGUCGCGCUGGGCGAUUAUCAACGUCUGGCGACCACUUAAGACAAUCCGACGGGAUCCACUGGCGGUUUGUGAUGGGAGUACUCUAGGGCCAAGGGAUCUGGUUCCGAUCUCGAUGGAUUAUUCGAAGAAUGCGCGGGCGAAAGCACUGCAGAAGCAGGCAGUAGACGGAGGGGAAAAGAAAGGGUUGAAGACGACGGUGGGUUGGGAGAUUGCGAUGGCGACGUAUAAUCCGGGGCAGCGGUGGUAUUACUUAUCCGGCAUGGGCGUUGAGGAGGCCCUUAUGAUGAGGAUUUAUGAUUCGAGUCUGGUGGGGGGGUGGGAUGAGGGCCGCGUCCCUGUCGCCGUGCAUGCAUCGUUUGUUGAUCCUGAGCACAAGGAUGAUGAGGUGAGGGAGAGUAUCGAGUUUCGGUGCUUGGUAUUCUGGGAGGAUAGUCCUGCAAGUUUCACUGUUCCCUAG